CCUGGGCGACUAUCGGGCCACCUGAUUGGAGCCUGGGGGCCUAAAGCGUGUGCAUCCUGCCCCGGCUGGACCCACCGACCUGUGGGGCCCGGGACCAGGAGGCAAGUGUCCGCGGCAGCCGCAGCGGCCAGCGGGCAUGCGGAGCCCCCGGUGCUGAUGGUGCCGCCGCCCGUCAUGGAGGGCCCAGGGGACGCGGCUGGUGAGGGGCCGGCCCCGAUGGGGAGGGGGCCUGCGGGGCCCUCGGGAGGCGGUGGCCGCGGCCACGAGGUCCAGAGAGUGGCCGUGAGCUCGUCGGUCGCCUGGGAGCGCGUGGGGCCCGAGGAAGCCCAGGCUGUGGUCAGAGGUGACCUGACCCUGCAGCUGCUGGCCGUGCGGAGGAAGACGGGGCUUCCAGACCCCAGCCUGCAGCGGGCAAUGCGGGCCCGGCUCCGCCUGCUGGAAAAUGACAGCCGGGAAGUGGCCAGCGUGCUGGGGGAGUUAUCGGCCAGGCUGCUGUCUAUCCACAGUGACCAGGACCGGAUUGUGGUGUCGUUUAAGACUUUCGAAGAGAUCUGGAAGUUCUCCACUUACCACGCUCUUGGCUUCACUCACCACUGCCUGGAAAACCUGCUCGUGGACCAGGCCUUCUGGCUGCUUGCGCCCAGCGAAGACGAGGAGGCGACCAUCCAAGUCCACGUGGACCAGGAGGCCUUGACACGGACACAGGAGAUUCUCCUGGCCCAGGAGGGCCCUUUCUUUGUCCUGUGUCCCGACCGCCACGUGAGAGUGACCACCAGCCCCCGGGGCGCAGGCCCGCAGCCCCUGAGGCGAGCCGCGGGGGUCCCCCAGGGAGACGCGGCCCCGGCAGCGGACUCUAAGGCGCCCAGCCCCGGCACGUGCUCCCAGGACACGGCAGCGGUGGCCGCUCCGGAACCUCUGAUCCCAUUUCAUCAGUGGGCCCUCAGGGUCGCCUGGGACCCCGUCGACGACUCCGUGAGCGGCCCUGUGACGUCGGACGUUCCGCUGAUGGCGGUGGGCCUGGCCUCAGCAGUGGCAGACUACCAGGGCUCCGGGCCUGAAGAGCUGACCUUCCGAGGCGGUGACGUCAUCGAGGUCCUGGGCGCCCGGGUGCCCGGCCUGCCCUGGUGCCUGGGCCGGCACACGGCCUCGGGCCAGGUCGGGUUUGUGCGCACGAGUGUCAUCAGUGUGCAGGGCCAAGUGUCUGAGCUGGAAAACGUGAUUUUUCUCGAUGAGGAAGAAAGGUCGUUCUUCGGCAACGAAGGGCGCUUCUCGGACGAGGACGCCAGGCAAUUGCUGAGGAGGAUGUCUGGCGCGGACACGUGCACCGUGUACAGCUUGGACAGAUUAGAAGAGACCGACUUUGAGCCGCCGGAAGAACAAGGAAGCGUAGCUGUUUGCUCGUUGGCUGUGUCUUCGGGUACGGACCCCAUCCAAAGCCAACAGCCCCGCACACAGGCUCUUUUGGAAUCACCUCACCUGGACCCAGAGCCACGCGAGACCCUACAGAAGGUGAAGAACAUUCUGGAAGAAUUCAAAUCCCGCCAGGACUGCCCCGAGGAGCCAGAGUCCUGGGGUCUCUGCGCGGCCUCCGGCGGCGCGAGCCCACCGGACCCUGAGGAGCCCUCCUUCUGCUUGGACGCGGGGGCCGACCGGACCGACCCGGAGGCCCUGGGCUCGCUGCUGCUGUUCCUGGACGCGCCCGGCUACAAGGCCUGCUUCCGCGGCCUGUACGACCUCUCCCUGCUGGGGCUGAGCGCCGUGUGCGGUGGCCUCACCGACGAGGAGGAGCUGGCCGGGCUCCUGGCGCGGGCGCGGGGUGCGGCCAAGAAGGCCGGCCUCCCCAUGGCCCUCGCCAGAGUCUGCUUCCUCCUGGGGCGGCUGUGCGUGCGCCGGCUCAAGCUGUCCCAGGCCCGGGUGUACUUCGAGGAGGCGCUGGGCGCCCUGGGGGGCCGCUUCGGCGACCUCUUCCUGGUGGCGGCCGUGUACUGCAGCCUGGCCACCAUCCACCUGAAGCAGAGGAACAGAGACAGGUGCGCGCAGGUGACGCCCAAGGCCGCGGCCCUGCUGCUGGGGACGCCCGGCCACGGCUGCGGCACCGAGGCCGGGUCGGAGCUGCUGGCGCACGCCCUGCGGCGGGCCGUGGCCGGCCGGAGCCCGCAGGCCGAGGCCCGGGCCUGCUUCCUGCUGGCCAGGCACCACGCCCGCCUGCGGCAGCCGGAGGAGGCCCUGCCCUUCCUGGAGAGGCUGCUGCUCCUGCACGAGGCCUGGGGCUCCCCGGAGGCCGCCUGGCCCGCCGACUGCUACCUGCUCCUGGCCGACACCUACAGCCGGCGGUGCCUGCCGCGCCUGGCGCUGGGCUGCGUCAGGGCGGCCUCGCUGCGGGCCCGGGCCUCGCUGCGCGGCUCGCUCCGGAGCGUGGACCUGGUCCUGCGCAACGCCCCCCGCCUGCCCCGCCCGCCCUCCCAGGCCGCGCCCCACCUCCGGCGGGCGCUGGCCUCCCUGGGCCCGGGCGCGGGCCGGGCGCUGCGCGGGCCCCUGUGCGCCAGCCUGGCCCGGCUGCACAGCGGCCACGGCCAGCACGGCAGGGCCGUCGCCCUGAUGGCGCAGGCCGCGGAGGCAGCCGCCGGGGCCGGGAGCCGCCUGGCGCUGGACUACCUGCUGGCGCUCGCCUGGCUGCACGUGCUCGGCGGCCGGAGCCCGGCGGCCCUGGGCGUCCUCGAGUGCGUGCGGGACGGGGCGGUGGCCGGCGCGGAGCGGGAGGGCGUGAUGGCCAACAUGACGGCCGUGGCGCUGACGAGGACGGGCAGGACCCGGCAGGCGGCCGAGGGCUACUACCGCGCCCUGCGGGUGGCGCGGGGCCGGGGCCGGCGGAGGAACCAGGCGGUGGCGCUGGCCAACCUGGGGGCCCUGUGCCUGCGGGCCGGCGCCGGCGGCCUGGCCCAGCACUACUGCCGGGAGGCCGUGAAGCUCUUCUCGCGGCUGCCCGGCGGGGAGGGCGGCCAGGACUUCACCUGCGUGCUCCUGCGGCUGGGCCGCCUGUGCGCCCGCAGGGCCCGCGCCCGGCAGGCCAAGUGCUACUACGAGUGGGCCUUUCUGGUCGCCGCGGAGAUGGACCACCUGGAAGGCCAGCUGUGUGCCGUCCAGCGGCUUUGUCACUUCUACAGCACGGUCAUGCCCAGCGAGGCCCAGUGCGUCGUCUACCAUGAGUUCCAGCUGUCGCUGGCCCGCAGGGUGGCGGACAAGGUGCUGGAGGGGCAGCUCCUGGAGACCAUCAGCCGGCUCUACCUGUCCCUGGGCACCGAGCGGGCCUACAGGUCCGCGCUGGACUACACCAAGCGCAGUCUGGGCAUUUUCAUCGACCUGCAGAAGAAGGAGAAGGAGGCGCACGCGUGGCUGCAGGCGGGGAAGAUCUAUUACAUCCUCCAGCAGAACGAGCUGGUAGACGUGUACCUCCAGGUGGCCCAGAACGCAGCCCUGUACACGGGGGACCCCAACCUGGGGCUGGAGCUGUUUGAGGCGGCUGGGGACAUCUUCUUCAACGGGACCUGGGAGCGGGAGAAAGCCGUGUCCUUCUACCGGGAUCGGGCGCUGCCCUUGGCCUCCACCACAGGGAACCAGGAGGCCGAGCUGCGUCUGUGCAACAAGCUGGUGGCACUGCUGGCCGAGCUGGACGCGCCCCGGGAGGGCCUGGAGUUCGCCCACAUGGCCCUGGCGCUCAGCAUCACCCUGGGGGACCGGCUGAACGAGAGAGUGGCCUACCACCGGCUGGCCGCCCUGCACCACCGGCUGGGCCACGGCGAGCUGGCAGAGCAUUUCUACCUCAAGGCCCUGUCGCUCUGCAGCUCGCCCCUGCAGUUCGCCGAGGAGACGCUGUACUACGUGAAAGUGUACCUGGUGCUCGGGGACAUCAUCUUCUACGACCUGAAGGACCCCUUUGACGCGGCGGGGUACUACCAGCUGGCCUUGGCAGCGGCCGUGGACCUCGGCAACAAGAAGGCCCAGAUGAAGAUCUACACGCGCCUGGCCACCAUCUACCACAACUUCCUCCUGGACCGCGAGAAGUCCCUCUUCUUCUACCAGAAGGCCAGGACCUUCGCCACCGAGCUCAACAUCCGCAGAGUCAACCUGGCCCCGGGGCAGCGCUGGGGGCGGGCGCCCUGGCUGGCCCCCGGCCCCUCACCCUGAGGUCCCCUGUCCGCCCGGCUGGCCCCCGGCCCCUCGCCCUGAGGACGCCUGUCCGCCCGGCUGGCCCCCGGCCCCUCGCCCUGAGGACGCCUGUCCGCCCGGCUGGCCCCCGGCCCCUCGCCCUGAGGACGCCUGUCCGCCCGGCUGGCCCCCGGCCCCUCGCCCUGAGGACGCCUGUCCGCCCGGCUGGCCCCCGGCCCCUCGCCCUGAGGACGCCUGUCCGCCCGGCUGGUCCCCGGCCCCUCGCCCUGAGGACGCCUGUCCGCCCGGCUGGCCCCCGGCCCCUCGCCCUGAGGACCCCUGUCCGCCCCGGCUGGCCCCCGGCCCCUCGCCCUGAGGUCCCCUGUCCUCGCUUCUCCUAGUGUCUCUGGGAGGCUCAUUUUCUGGGAAACAGAGGCAGGAUGGUAGGGGUCUGAUAGCAAUAAACGAUUUUGCGGCAGCCUGCCAAAGCCCGCAUGGCCCCCUCCCCUGGCCUACCGCCUGGGGAGCAUCCAGGGACCAAGCCCUGUCCCCAGGGGCCCGCCCUGCUGCUGUGAGCUGGAAGGACUGAGUCAGACCGACCCGGGCCAGGUCCCCCUGCUGGCCCCGCGCGGUGUGGCCUCAGGCAAAUCACGCCCCUCGCACCCAUUUCCUGGCCUGUCAGAGCGGAAGGCGGUGGUGGGAUCCCUUGGGCAUCUUCCCCCUUCCCCGUGCCCUCACUGUGUGUCAGGCUCUGUGCUCUGCCUUUAACCCUCACGCCGACCUCACCGGGCCCGCACCGUUGGGUCUGUUAUUGUCUCCAUUUCCGGCCGAGGCACAGAGAGGGUAGGUGCCCUGCCCGCCAUCACACAGCAGGUAGGUGGGGCAGAGCGGUAACCACGGUACCACCUUCCCCGCCUACCUCGGGGGGAUGUGUCAGCAUCAGGACCCAGGGGUGUGUCCUGGAAGAAGGUGUUAGCACGUCGUUGCACCUCUGCCCCUUCCUGCAUCCCGAAGGCGAGCGAGGGGAACGCGGCCCACACGCUCCCUCACCCCCACCUGCCCCCGCCAGCCAGCCAGGCCGGGGUGGGGGGCCUCCAGCCCUGUGCGGAAUGUGCUGCUGUGAGUGCGUCUAGGGGCUCAUCUGGGCCCCCACAUGCCAGGAACCCUCCACUUACAGCCAGGGAAACUGAGGCUCAGAGAGGCCGUGGGCGUCCCAAGUGGUUCUCACCCGCACGGCACUGUUCUGAUCUCUUUUUCUUUAAUUUAUUUUGGUAACAAGGUGACAUUCACGUAAGAUCAAACGAACCAUUUAAAGUGA